AGUCAGUAGUAAACAGUUACGGUAAGACGGCGGUUCGUCGAUCUCUGGCGGUUUUCCGAUUCGUGUCAGUAACGCGAUAUACCUGUGUACAAUACCCAUAUCCACGUAUGUAUAAUAUUCGUAAAUCUAGCAACGUGCUCCGAAUGCGAGUGAAACAGUGCCGCUAAUUGUGGACGACUGCGUAUUUUUUAGUUCUGCUUCCGCCGCUGUGUUUCUGUGCAACGAGGGAUUCACCCCGAGGCAUAUACUAUAAAGAUUUUCCAGCUUGAAGAGCAGCCAGGCUUCGAGCUUGAAGGAAUUACCGUUCCUCGUAGGAAUUACCGGCUCUACCGCGGCCACCCUGAGGAUCACACAGCCGUUUCGAAAGGGUUACGUACAAAAUAUGACGCCUGGAUAAUACACAGAGACUGCAAGGCACGAUAUAAGCGGAGAAUAGUGCCGACCGGAAAGGGGAAAAUUCCUCCCACGGAGGGACGGAGAGAUCCGAUUGUUUCAAGACGCGUCACGCGGGCGUUGUCGGCCUUUGGGGGGCCCCGCCGCAGCGGCCCCCCAGCACAGGGCCGAAUACGAAUUGUCGGAGCGGAGCCUUGAUCGGUAGAUCGAAGACCGCACCGGUAACAGCGAUACCGCCUCCGUCUAAACACAACAUGAAGAACCCUUCGGGAAUUAUGAGACAGUCGAGCCUCACGAAGCUUGGCUCGAUGAUUAACACGGCUGUGAAUAAAAGGAGUGGCAACGGUGAUAUACAGUGGUGCUUCUCGCAAGUCAAGGGAACUCUCGAAGACGACGUUACGGAAGCUGACAUAAUCUCAUGUGUCGAGUUUAAUCACGAUGGGGACCUUCUUGCGACCGGUGACAAAGGAGGACGAGUCGUCAUUUUUCAGAGGGAUCCGAUUAGUAAAAACAGUAUACCUCGAAGAGGCGAGUACAACGUAUACAGUACCUUCCAAAGUCACGAACCUGAGUUCGAUUACUUAAAAUCAUUAGAGAUAGAAGAAAAAAUAAAUAAAAUCAGAUGGUUAAAGAGGAAGAAUCCUGCACACUUUCUACUAUCAACAAACGACAAAACAAUCAAAUUAUGGAAGGUCAGCGAGAGAGACAAGAGGGUCGAAGGGUAUAAUACUAAGGAGGAAAAUGGGGCUAUUAAGGAUCCAGCUUGUAUUACUGCUCUCAGGGUACCUACCAUAAAACCAAUGGAGCUAAUGGUCGAAGCAUCACCUAGACGGAUAUUUGCUAAUGCGCACACCUACCAUAUAAACAGUAUCAGUGUUAAUAGUGACCAGGAGACAUAUCUCAGCGCCGAUGAUCUUAGAAUAAAUCUCUGGCAUCUUGAAAUCACCGAUCAGAGCUUCAACAUCGUAGAUAUUAAACCGACCAACAUGGAAGAGCUGACAGAAGUUAUAACUGCCGCUGAAUUUCAUCCGGCCGAGUGCAACCUCUUAGUUUACAGCAGUAGCAAAGGUACCAUUAGGCUAUGCGACAUGAGAGCAGCUGCGCUAUGCGAUCGGCACAGCAAACUUUUUGAAGAGCCUGAGGAUCCAACAAACAGGAGUUUUUUCUCUGAGAUAAUAUCCAGCAUCAGUGACGUCAAGCUUAGCAAUUCUGGUAGAUAUAUGAUCUCCAGGGACUACCUUAGUGUCAAGGUCUGGGACCUGCACAUGGAAACGAAGCCAAUAGAGUGUUAUUAUGUCCACGACUAUCUCCGGUCUAAGCUGUGUUCGUUGUACGAGAAUGACUGCAUAUUUGACAAAUUUGAGUGUUGUUGGAGCGGCAACGACUCAGCCAUCAUGACGGGCUCCUACAAUAAUUUUUUCAGAGUAUUUGACCGCUCUACGAAGCGAGACCUAACAUUGGAAGCAGCACGAGAUAUAGCCAAGCCUAAGACACUGCUCAAGCCACGCAAGGUAUGCACCGGUGGUAAACGUAAGAAGGAUGAGAUUAGUGUAGAUUGUCUGGACUUUAAUAAAAAGAUUCUUCAUACGGCGUGGCAUCCGUCUGAAAAUGUUGUCGCAGUAGCAGCCACCAACAAUCUCUUUCUAUUUCAAGACAAGCUUUAGCACAUCUGCAUGCAGAUAAUACAGCGCUACAUACUGACGUGAGAAAGUGUCACGCGGAGUCGAAUUUUGUGGCACGGAGGAGCAGUGUGUGCGUGCGCCCGACGCGUGCCUCUCUUGGCGUGCAAAACGCGGUGUUGUGUGCUUUGUGUUUAAUAGCACGAAUUUGCGCGGACAAAAGUUGAAUCGCCUUGCCGAUGGUUGACCGAGACUGAAAUAUCGGAUGUAAAUAGCCAGCAUCUAUCCAUCCAUCCAUCCAUCCCUGCCUCUCGUAGCGGCUCGCACUUAUCAUAUUCGCAGUAAACGACGUAAUACUGCGCGCUCAGUUCCCUGCAGGUCAGCCAAGUCUGCCAGCUCAAAUUACAAAUUUUACACGAAGGAAUAAAAUUUAGAGAAAAAAAAACGUGAACUUUUUCACAUACCCCAUAUAAUUCAUCUGUCAACCAACUGUCUCUCUGUAUUCGACGUACAGCUGCACAUUAUUAUUAUUAUUAUUAUUAUUAUUAUUAUCACUAUCAUUAUUAUUAUUAAUAUUGUUGUUUUUAUUUUUUUAUUAAUUUCGAUUCUUUCAUCGUCGGAAUAACCCAGGAAAUGAUUACGAGGUACGAAUCUGCAGUAUUGCUUUGUCUAGUUUACUUUACACACAACACACACAUCCACAAAAUAAAAGCGUAAAAGAAUCAAUCAACACAAAUGCAAACAAUCAACUUGAGGUUUAAAUAGAUUGAUUUAUAUAGGGUACAAAAACAUUAUGUAUAAUUUGUUAAUGCGUCGUAAUAGAAAUACUAUUAUAUGUAUAGUCUAAUUUUUCGUAUUGUAAAGCAUAAUUUACUAGCGUGAGAUGGCGAAAUAAUACGGUUAUCCAGUUUUUCCCCGUUACAUCGUUCGUACCUAUAAAUAUUGACAUAUAACGAGGAUAACAUUUUAUUUCAACUACUACUGCAUCAAGUCAAUCAAAUUCGAUUCAUUUCAUCUUUUUUUUUUUUUUUUAUACGUACGUAAAUCAACCCGGAACAUGUCGUGAAUUCAUACCGUGUACACUGAACAUUUUCCUUGUAUAUAUGGUUGUAAUUGGUUAACCAUUCGACAUCAGUCAACUUGCGCGUCAUCUCGCAAAUGUCGGUUAUAUAUAUAUAUGUACAUGUAUAUGUGUGUAUGUAUAUAUAUGUAUAUAUAUAUAAUUAUAUGUGUUGUCUUUUUUUCGGACAAGAAGGAACAAGAAACUGAUUGGACACUCGAGAUAAUAUGACCAAGCGAAAUUGAAAGAAAUCCAUAAAUAUUGAGAAACGCUUUACGUUUGCAGAUAUUUUUUGUUAGGAUGAUUUUUCGGGAGAGGGAAAAAUCUGAAAAAAGACAAAGUAGAACAGUAAGUGAUCUUGAAACGAUGUUGAGUUUCAAACUAUGGAUGGAUUUCACAGUGAAUGAUUCGUUAUUAAAAGAAAGAAAAAAAAAAGAAAAUCCAUUUCGUCUAUAAAUACACCGCAUAGAUAUUUUACCCCAAACGCGAUUGUGAGAAUGAAAACCAGACAAAACUAAUCCUGCAUCAUUCCGGAUCGGUAACUAGUUAUUACAUAUAUUGCGAAAGUAAACGGGUUAAUUCUCGAAUUCGUAAUAUAAUAUGUGUACCAAUAUUGAAGGCAAAUGAGAUGAAAAAUUGAGAUGACUAGAAAGAAACAAACGAAACGCACUUUCAAAUGAAAAAUAAUAAAUUAAUGAAUAAAUAAUACGUAAAGACACUAGAAUUUAUGCAUUUGACUUGUGUAAGCUGGACUUGCAAAUGAUGAAAAGAGCAUUGUGUAUGAUAGAAUGGUUCCUAGUUGUUGUUCAUAAUGUCCUGUGUUUCAUUGCGUUAUCAGUGGGGCACCAGUUUAAACAAUGUUAGUACCUGUGGAUGGGAAUAAGAAAGACAGAAUUGAGAAAAGUAAACCGGAAAGAACGAUAGUUAGUAAUAUUCUUCACUUAAAUUCUCCAAACGAGUUUUGGCAACUUAGAAGGAAACAAAAUGCUGAACCUCAAAUUUCGGCUGUCAAAAAUUUCUGGAAUACGAAACUUUUUCUUUGAUCAAUCACCCUCUUAGCGGUUUAUUAGUUUUUUACAAAAAUUUUGUUAGUUUCCACAAUUGUGAUUCAUAUUCAAGUACAUACUUUCAAACGAAUUAACACCAAUGCAAUUUUUUCAUCAAAAUUGGCGAAUGGGAAAUGAUCGGCAGCUUGAGUUUAAAAAAAAAAAGUGCAGAUAAUGCGAAUCACGUCCUAAAUUUUAUCGAACAAGUCGAUUUCAUCAAACUAUUAAAUACAGUACGAGGAUUUGAAAUGGUACUGUGAUGUACCUGUACGUUAAAAUGCGUUUGAAAUUAACUAUGUGUUUCAAUUGUAUAACAUCAAAAUUAAUGUCUCAAACUGAGAAAAGAAGACAUAAUUUGAAUUAGCAUACCAAUUGAAAUUUAUUCGACGUGUUUUUUUUUUUUGAAUAAUUUUCACUUGUAGAUUAUUUACAAGAUGUUCCCAAUUUCACCAUUAAUAACUUUUUUCAAUUAUACAGUGGUUGAUAUGCGAUCUUUUCUUUUUUCUUAUUUUUUUUUUUAAUUGAAUUAAAUAAACCGUUCAUUUUAGACCAACCAAUGUGACUGGCAUUCUUGAAACCUUUGCUCCAUUAAUUCACAUUCAUUUAAGUAUUCCAGUAAUUUCGCAUAGCUUUACAUUAUUGUAAUCACUUGUUGUUAAGAUGUAUUCGUUGCUUUGGAAAUCCUUGUUUGGACUUAAAUUUUUUAGAUUGCUCUACCGCUGCCAGCUUUUCAGCAGAUCUAUUUGUCUGUCUGUUAUUUGUUGUAAAGCGUUUGAAUGAAUUUUUUGUUUCAACACAAACGCAUACAUCCUCGUGGUUAAUGAAAUUAGCUCGAUAUGGACUAACAAUAAUCAGGUGUACCCAGUGAUAUUUAGCGACGAAAGUGGAAGGAAACAAAAUCCUUAAAUGGUGAAGAACGUAGAUUACAAUGAAAAGGCAGUCGUGUACUAAAAUAUAAGUAAUCGAAUAUUGUAGGGAAGAAAAAAAGAAAUGAAAAAAAAAAAAAAUAGAAAAAAAAUGAAGCAACUGGUAAAAAAUCGGUAAUUACUUUCUAACAAUAAUCAUUGAUUAAGAUGUCCAAGACAAGAUCGCAAGACUCUCACCUACUUCGCGUAAUUGUUAGAAGGUGGAGUGCGGCGAUAUUUUUGUAUCAGGUAUUAUUAUUAUAUUUUGCUUUUCUUUUUUUCUCUUAUUAAUUUUGUUAACUGCUGUUCAGCAGGCCUAGUUACAGUAAUAAUGAUCUGACUGGUCGUCUGUAGCCAAAAUAUGUAAGUAACUGAUUAACUAAUUAAUUAAUUCAUUAGGUAUGUAGAUUAAAUAAAUUGGGCUAACGUGAAAGAAGGAAAAACUUUUAUUCGCAGUGUAGGUCAGAAUUGUGAAAAAUUAUUUUUUUUUUAUAGAAAAUCAAUUCUGAACAUAUUUACGUUUGCAGUAAAGGAUUAAAAAAAAUUUUUUAAAAACUAAACCAAGUAAAAAAGUAACGCUGAUGAUAGAUAUUGAAUUUAAUUGACUGUAAGAAUUUUUUCCAUUGCAACAAUUUAAUUUUCAGUGUAAAUAUAGUAUGGAACGAAUGAGGUACAAAAUUGAUACUAUUCCUUUUUCCCUCAGUCGCAGUUUUAUGAAGCAAUGAAAGUAAUGUGAUGAACUUCAUCCAUGUCGACUGUGUUUGAAAUUAAAGUCUUGCUUCUGCACCUUGUGUCUGUUUUAACAUUUUACACACACACACACACACACGCUCAUGUAUAUGAACUGACUAUCAAGGUGGUGGGGAAAAAAAAAUUCUGUAACCUCAUGCCAGGUUGGUCUUCAAAAUAUUGAUUGGCACAUUUUUUCCGGGCCCCACCCCCAAAUCAGUUUCGAAUAAAUAAAUAAAUAACACAUGUAUACACAAGAGUUUAUAAGGAUUGAUUGAGAGAAAAUAUAGUGUUGAAAAUGCAGCUAAAUGAGACUCAAGUAGAACGAUUAUCGUUUUGCCUUAUGAUAAUUUACGUAAUAAAAGAAACAUUGAAUAAAUGGUCGCAAAAGUAAUGCAAAUAAAUUAUUGGUAACUACUACUACCAAUAGUUGCAAUAUUGGUCAAUAUUUUUAGCAAAAUAAUUGUGUACUUUAUUAAUCAAAUCAAAAUCCAAAAAUGUGUAAGAAAAUUAAUAAAUAUGGGAACGAUGACAGUUUCAUGAAACAAAUAUCGAUUGUAAGUCACAAUAAUGCUCUGUAGUUAGCUUCACAAGGACUUCAAUACAAAGGCGAAAAUAAAAACACAUGGAAAAAGUCGCAGCAGUCAACCCAUGUAUGAAUGAAAAUGAAACGAUAACGAUGAUGAAUUAUAAUUUUGCGUGAAAUUGAAAAUUAAUACAACACCGACGCAUGGGUACAAAAAGGAAAUAAUCAUAAAGAAUAAGUAAAUAAAGAAUUGGACAAACAGAUACCCCAAAUCAGCUGUUGGAAUCAUUUGGAAGAUGUCAGUCAUGUUAAUGUAAUCUAAGGUGUUACAAAGAAAAAACAAUAAAUCUUCGUAAAAAUAAUGAAAAUAACUUUUUUUAUACAUCUACGUUUUAUUUCACUCUUAUUAUUGUUUCUUUGUUGAACUUUUCAGUUCUCAUAUGCUUUGCGACAAAUUUCAUUCGGGGGUAAUGUGUUGUCAUAUUUUAAUUAUACGUGAAUAAUGAUAUAUAGGGAGACUAAAGAUGAAUAAUAUUAAUAAUAAUAAUAAUAGUAACAACAACAACAACAAUUGAUACCCUUCCUGCCAUCGGCAAGGCAGUCGUCGGCAGUCGUUUAUUGAAACAUAAUACUGUGUACAUGCUGCUUAGAAAUACUUGACGAUCUUUUCACAAAGAUUAGUGUUAUUUUUUGGUGCACGUAUACACAUGUGUACGUGCAUUCUCGUAUCAUCUUUUACUUUAGUUGAUCAAAAUGAUUAACACUGCGACAAGAAAACUCUGAACACCGACUUCUUACGACGCCGAUACAAGUUUACAUAUGCGCGCAUAUAUUGUGUAAAACGUGGAUUUGUAUAGGUGAUUGAUAAAAGUAGAAAAUUGAUGAAAGGCGCAUAUCGCGAAAAUGACAAAUAAACUUGUGCCAUACAAACAAUAUGUCUAACGAGUGAUAUAUUCUUAUCAUAAAGUUUCCAUCAUUUGUGUAAAAUACUCCAGAUUACCACACGUGAUGAUAAACUCCGAAUGCAAAGAAAAUUAAGUGAAAAAUUGUAAGUCGAUCGUUUUUGUUAUCUGCGGUUUUGGUUUGCGUUAUCCAUUCUCAAGUAAAUUGUACAAUAAUUUGGAUUUCAAAAGCUUAAUUUAUCAGUAUUAGAUUAUUUCAAAUGGCAAGGUGGCUUAAAAAGUGUAUUUUUGGAGAAAAAUAAUUAAAUAAAUAGAAUAACGUAACAAUAAAGAUAAAAAGAAAUUGUAAUAAUAAUAAAUUAAAUUCAAUUAAUCUUCUAAAUUAUGUAAGUAGUAUAGGCUUGGAAAUAAGGUUCGACGAUGGGAAAUUUCAAGGAAAUACUAUUACACAUGGCUAUCACACAAUUACAUAUUAUCAUAAUAUUCAUACAUAAUUUUAGCAUUAUUAUUAUUAUUGUCGACUAUAGUCAAAUAGUUGAAUAACAUUAUACUAGGUGCUCCAAAUAUUUUGUUACAUGUAUCGAUGAAAAAGAAAGAUGAAAAAUGUUGCUGCCACAGUUUACUCGAUAAAACAUUUAAGGUAGAUGAAAGUAAAUGAAACUGUAUAAUUAAAAUUUGAAAAAUAAUAUAGAGCUCCAGGUAGCGAGAUUUUUGGGACACCCUGUACAAUGAUUAUAACAUAUACAUGUAUGCAUAAUUGCAGAUUAAAUAUUAGGCAUACGCAGUUAAUGAAUGCAGUGUCAAAAUUGAAGAUAAUUAUAAGAAAUCUUUCUACAGAGACAUGGAAUUUAGCAAAAGGUAAAAGAAAACAAUCCAAAAAAAAAAAAAUCGCUAAAA